UUCGAUCGCCAGUCUCAGCCCCCGUAUAUGUGUCUGUGUCUGUGUCUCUGAGUCCCUGCAUCUGUAUCUGUAUCUUUAGCUGUGUCUGAGUGCGUGUGUGUUUGUGUGUGCCGGUGGCUAAACAAAAUAACCACAAUUAAAUAGCCCAAAAUUGAAAAAGUCUGGCCAAAAUUCAAUUAAUUUUUUUGAAGUGCUUAUGGUGUAAUAACAACAUAAAAGGCAAAUAACAAAUCUACAUAAAUCCAACUCGUAUUUUUGGUGCUGGGAGAAAUCGUAAAAAACCUUAAAACUUCGAAAAAUAAGUAAGUUGAAUAUUUACCAAAUGAGCUGACAAUGAUCGGAUUGAAAGCGUCGACUCUUUGAGGCAGGCAUCGAAAUCAAACCGAAAACCCACGAAAACCCACGAAAACCCGCCGGCAACUGAAUCCACUGAAUGCGAAUACUGGCAACCAAAGGGGAGCCCUGAAAUACCUUGUGCCCAGCUAGCAGCUGCAAUAAUGCACAUUUCUGCUGAGGUCAGUUCGACCACCUCAAAUCAAAUACAGCAGCAGCAACAGCAUCAGCAGCAGCAACAGCAUCAGCAGCAGCAACAACAUCAGCAGCUGCAGCAGCAGCAACAUCAAACGCUGCAACAGCAGCAACAACAGACAGCAACAACGACGACCACAACGAAGCGGCGAAAUGCUGAGUCCUCUGCCAACAAUAACAACAAUUCCAGCACCACUAACAACAACAAUAACACCACCAAUAAUAACAACAACAACAACAACAACAACAACAGCACAACGAACAACAACAACAACAGCAAUAAUAAUAAUAAUGUUAAAACAAAGCCCGUGGACACGAGUCCUUAUUUGACCCCCGAGAAUCUCAUCGAACGCACCGUCGACGUCCUGCUCGCCGAACAUCCCGGCGAACUGGUCAAGACGGGGUCACCACAUGUGGUUUGCACCACUUUGCCCACACACUGGCGUUCUAAUAAAACCCUACCGAUCGCCUUCAAGGUUUUGGCAUUGGGCGAGGUCAUGGAUGGCACAAUAGUCACUAUUCGGGCUGGAAAUGAUGAGAACUUUUGUGGAGAACUGAGAAAUUGUACGGCCGUAAUGAAGAAUCAGGUGGCGAAGUUCAACGAUCUGCGAUUUGUGGGCAGGAGCGGCAGAGGCAAAAGUUUCACCCUGACGAUUGUCAUCUCGACGAAUCCCAUUCAAAUAGCAACCUACACGAAGGCAAUAAAGGUGACCGUGGAUGGGCCAAGGGAACCACGAUCCAAGGUUCGGCACCAGGGAUUCCAUCCGUUCGCCUUUGGGCCACAACGUUUUGGACCGGAUCCACUUAUGGCCGGAUUGCCCUUCAAGUUGCCAGGAUUUGCCCACCAUUUGGUCGGGAUGCACAGCCACCUGCACGCGCCCGAUUGGCGUGCCCACAUGGCCUUGGGCGGUCGUCCUGCCGCCUUUCCCGCCGCCCCCUUCUUUGGCCAUCAUGCUGCUGCGGCGGCGGCGGCCUUUCCCACGGCCAGUGGCCUGCGCGGAUUGAGUGGUGACAGCCAGCAGCAUCAGCAGCAGCAAUUGGCCACCGUGGGCGCGGCACAUAGCACCACCAGUCCGGAGGGAUCGCCCACCACCACCACCACGAGCGGCACUCAGUUGAGCGCCUUUGUCCAGCCGCCGAUGACGUCAUCGCCGCCGCCGGUGACCAGUUUGCAGCACGACAAUAACAACAACAAUAGCAGCAGCAACAACAUUGAUGCCGGUUUCGAAAGCGACAGCAUUUCGGUGACGGGUUCACCGAGGAAAAGUCUGGGCUCACCAUUGACCCACGACGAGGAGGAGGCGGAAGCGGAGGCGGAGGCGGAGGAGACGGAAUCGGUUGGAUUGAAUCUAAAUAGUGGAGGAGUACACGGCUCGCUGAGUGAAAGUUCACCCGGUUCGGGUGGCGCCUUCACUGCCCUCAUCCAACGCAGUGGCAAAAAUCCCACGGAAUUAUUUGGCGGUUUUGCUGGAGCCGGUGGCAAUCAUUUUGCCCCCGGCAACGGUGGUCACAGUUUCAAUCCCGCUCUGGCCGCUCAGCUCUUCCUGCAAAGUCCACUGUUACCGCAAUCCAGCCAGUGGCUGUAUACCCAGCUGUAUGGCAGCUACAGUGAUCUCCCGUGGCUAAGGAACGCAGCAGCCGCCGCGGCAGCCAAUAUCAAUCCCAGUCAGGAGAAUGCCGUUGGGCCCACGCUGCUGAGUGGCAAUCCCGAUCACGAUGGUGUGAAUUUGAUUAAACGUUGUGUCACCUUGAUCACCCAUAAUCCACCGGAUGCGGAGAAUGCCAAUCCAAAUGCCUCGCCGCCGGUUAGUUCUACCAGGAGAUCACCGUCGCCCGUGGAGACCAUCGAUUUGGAUGAUGUCAGCACCACAUCGCGAUCGGCGAGUGGCUCAAGUGGUGGUGGUGCAGGCGGGCCCAUCAGGACGCGAACCCCAAAACCAUCGGCGGAUGUCUGGCGUCCCUACUAGCGGCUGGCGGCCGCCUUGCUCGGCACUUGUCUGGCGGCCCAAGGUCAGGGGGUGGAGGAGUUGGAGUAAUUGUGGGAGGAGCGGAACACUUAGCUGGUCCACUCGAAAAAAAAAAAAUAAUAAUAAUAAUAAUAAUAGUUCAGCAGCGAGCUUGUGGUGUUGUGAAUAGUCGCCAUAUCGCAGCUGGCGGAGAUUGCUACUUGAAUUUGUUAGGCCUAGUUGGGAAAUCCCUUGAGCAACUCUGUUUUCAUUAUA